AAUGCUUUUGAACCUUGUAAAUCACCCCAUUGGAAAGAGCGGAUACGAAAACCUAUAAAAAUAGUGUUUAGAGGCUUUUAUCACUUUUAUGGCACACGUCUACGUGCCUGGCCACAAUUGCUACGGGAAUACUACAAAUCUGUCGUUUCAUUGAAUCUGCUUUAUGCAUAUACAAUAAAGACGAAGGCAACAUUUUGGUCAUAAAAGAAAAAGAAAACAGCACAACUUAUUCAACCAUGUAAUGUAUCUGAUAAAAAAUCGUUUCUUGUUCUUUAGUAUUUUGAAUAAGUAUGGUUACAUUAAUUCAACGUAUGCCCUACUAAAACAGAGAAGUUAAUGUGCGUUUUUGACAAUUAUACACAACUUGAUUUAUGAAAAAUGGUUCUCUUAUUAGGGACCCGUUAAUGAACGACGAAGCAUUGGCUUAUAAUCAAUUUUUAUCAUCUAAACUUCCACCUAUGCUAUCUUUUACCGUCGAAGCAGUUAGAGAACGAACAGAAUUAAUUGCCAAAAAAAUUAAUGAAAACCUUUCCCAUACGUUGAAAGGCACUGAAGAAGAGAUAUUUAUUCCCUUAUCAUCAAAUGGCGGUGAAAGUAAUUAA